AUGAAUAAAUUAAGCAGUAGACUUGAAGAUCCUAUCUCUAAAUACGUUUCCGAUGGAAAUUUGGCGAAUAUAUGGCUUGUAGCAUACUGUGACAGAAGAUUGAAGAAAAGGGAUUUGAUGGAUAUUAAUUUGCAAGAUGGAAUUAAAGAAAUUAUUCAGAAGAUUUCGGAAGAAUGGGUUCCUUUAAGAAUCUCUUGUGCACUCCUCACAGGAAUUGUAAAGGUCUAUCAUCAUAAGGUAGAAUUUCUAGAUAUAAAGUGUUCUGAUGUUUUAUCUAAAAUGCAGAACUUCCAUAGUGAUCAUAACUCUUUAACUAAGAUGGCCUCUCAGCCAGCUACGAAGAAAGGAAAUAAUAAUUUUAAUAAUCUUGUUAGCCAAGAAGAUAUAAACAAAACACUUGAUAUAAUUAAUAGUCAAAAUACUAACCUUUUAGAUAUUCUCCCAUUAUCGAAUAGUGGUGAGCACGCUAGAAUUAUACCAAAAAGCGAAGAUUCACAAUUAUCUCAGUCUCAAAUUUCAUUACACACUAUUGAACCAAUUAUUUUUGAUAUGGAGUUUGAAGAUUUUAUAAAUAAUGGAUGUGAAACAAUAAAUGUGGAAGUUGAUAAUACUAUAUCAGAGAGUUUGCAAAUGCUAGAUGAUGUAGAGAAACGCCGUGGUGAUAUGACUAAUCCUAUGGAUAUUAUUGCAAAGGGUUUAGAAGAAAUUGACUCUACUCAAAGGACAAAGUUGGAUAAUCCAGAUAUAGAUUUAUCAAGCUCUGCGUUAAACAGCCCUGAAUUUAGUCGUAUUAAUGUGAGGUCGAGUUUUGGUACACUUGAAAAUUCUACACCAAAUACAAGGUAUCAGAGUAUUGGUGGUCUUUCUGAAACAUUCGAAGCUCAAAAUGAUAGUACAACAAAUUAUUUUGAGAUGGGGAUAAGUCAAAUCAAUCAAAUUCCUAAAGUAUAUUCUAAUAAUGACUGUAUAGAUAAUGUACAGGUAAUAAAAGUAGCUAAAGAAACCUCAUUGGUGAAAACUUUUUCACUAAAGCGUAGGAGGAAGAUAUUGGAUUUACCUCUAGAUAAGGAUUUACAGUUAUCUAAUAAAGAGCUAAAAGUUGAUAUUUCUUAUAUUUCAUCAGUUGAAAAAAUUAAAAACUUUUACAAAGGAACAAGUAGUAGCUUACUGUUUACUAAUCAAAUAAACAAUUUGCAGACACUACCACUCUUAACUUUUCUUUCUGGAAGUAGUAGAAAGAGAAAAUCUAUACAAGUUAAUUCAGUUGAUUCUGACACAAAUACUUGGAAUUAUGAAAGAUCUUAUGCAAAAAGUGUAGAAGAUGAUACUUUUGAACAAAAUGGAUAUAAUUCUUGUUUUCUUAAGUCUACUGAUAAGGCUGAAUACUCUGAAAUUGAAAAAGAGAAUGAUGCUGAGUUUCAGGCAAUUCCUCUGACUCCAGUUAGAUCUAAAUACCAAAAUGAUGACUUUGAAUUAAUUUAUACUCCAUGGACUAAAUAUGGCAGUCAAGGAAGGGGGUACUAUGAUGUAUCUCCGUUAUUUAACAAGAGUGGACAGGAGGAAGUAAAUCUCUUGUCUUCUAGAGCAGCUAAAACAAUGCACUUUUUAAAUACUAAAUUUAGUGAGUCUAGUACCUUAAGCUUACAUGAACUAGUAGGUAAUAAACCAGCUUCUGUAGUGGCUCCAAUUUUCGUUGAAUUAUUACAUCUAAAAUCUAAGUCAUUUAUAGAUAUCAAACAAGAUAUUCCAUAUGGUGAAAUAUUGAUAUUUCCAAGUAAAUAG